CGCCGCAUUCGACACACGCGAGAACUGCAGCGGACAAACGCGAUCGGUGCCGAUGAGGACGCCAGUGAUUCCGCAACACACAGCAGAGUGAAGGGAACUGAGCUGUAACUCAGCCACAUGUUUAAAUUAUCGCAUUGGACCAAUUUAUUCAGGAACUCGUUCUCUUUCAGGACGUCACUAGAAUACCCACACGACACCGGAAUGUUAGUAUGAAUCGUUUGUUCAAGGUCUGACUGGAAAGCUAGCGGAGCUCAACCGGCGAAUUGAAGCGGAUUCAGAAGAGCAGUUAGCUAGCUGUAGCCUGUUAGCUCUCCGUUAGCCCAGGAGCCGCUAACCCUUCCACUCACCCAGGCACCUGCACGCCUGUGAAACACAUAAUUAACCGGUAACAGUGUACACAGUGAGGCCUCGCCCUGACACUUACAGGUAUUUGUAUUUUUGAGUGCGGGAGUGACACACGAGGGAGGAGAGAACCGUGACAGGUCGAGGUUGGGACCAGCAGCGCUGUCCUCAAGUGGCCGUUCAACCAUGGACAACGCACACACAAAGACGGUGGAAGAAGUUUACAGCUUUUUUAACGUGAACGAGAGCACGGGCUUGAGUUUAGAGGAAGUGAAGAAACAACGGGAACGAUUCGGAGCAAACGAGCUGCCAGCUGAGGAGGGUAAAUCUCUAUGGGAACUAGUCAUUGAACAGUUUGAAGAUUUGCUCGUGAGGAUCCUUUUACUUGCUGCCUGCAUAUCUUUUGUACUGGCCUGGUUUGAGGAGGGAGAAGAGACCGUUACAGCCUUUGUGGAGCCUUUUGUUAUCCUACUUAUUCUCAUAGCAAAUGCCAUUGUAGGAGUCUGGCAGGAGCGAAAUGCAGAAAAUGCUAUUGAAGCUCUCAAGGAGUAUGAGCCAGAAAUGGGGAAGGUGUACCGCCAGGACAGGAAGAGUGUCCAGAGAAUCAAGGCCAGGGACAUUGUGCCUGGAGACAUUGUGGAAGUGGCAGUUGGUGAUAAAGUGCCUGCAGACAUCAGGCUGACUUCUAUCAAGUCAACCACACUGAGGGUGGACCAGUCCAUUCUCACAGGAGAGUCAGUGUCUGUGAUCAAACACACUGACCCAGUGCCUGACCCUCGGGCAGUCAACCAGGACAAGAAGAACAUGCUCUUCUCUGGCACCAACAUUGCAGCUGGUAAAGCUGUUGGUGUGGUGGUGGCCACAGCUGGAAACACAGAGAUCGGCAAAAUCCGAGACGAGAUGGCAGCAACAGAGCAGGAGCGCACACCUCUGCAGCAGAAGCUGGAUGAGUUUGGACAGCAGCUAUCCAAGGUGAUUACGCUGAUCUGCAUCGCUGUGUGGAUCAUUAACAUUGGACAUUUUAAUGAUCCUGUCCAUGGAGGCUCCUGGAUCAGAGGUGCUGUCUACUACUUCAAGAUUGCUGUGGCUCUUGCAGUUGCUGCCAUCCCUGAGGGUCUGCCUGCUGUCAUCACUACUUGCCUAGCUUUAGGAACACGGCGCAUGGCCAAGAAAAAUGCCAUUGUCCGCAGUCUGCCUUCUGUGGAGACCCUCGGCUGUACAUCUGUCAUCUGCUCUGACAAGACCGGCACCCUGACCACCAAUCAGAUGUCCGUGUGCAGGAUGUUCAUCCUGGAUCAAGCAGAUGGGGAGCGCUGCUCACUAAAAGAAUUCACUGUUUCUGGCUCCACCUAUGCCCCAGAUGGAGAAGUGUUCCAAGAUGGCAAAACAGUCAAGUGUUCCCAGUAUGACGCCCUGGUGGAGCUGGCCUCUAUCUGUGCCCUGUGCAAUGACUCCUCAUUGGACUAUAAUGAGGGUAAAGGUGUGUAUGAGAAGGUGGGAGAAGCCACAGAGACAGCUCUCACAUGCCUGGUUGAGAAGAUGAACGUGUUUGACACAGAUGUUAAAGGCCUGUCCAAGAUUGAGAGAGCCAACGCCUGCAAUUCAGUGAUCAAACAGCUGAUGAAGAAAGAGUUUACACUGGAGUUUUCCAGAGACAGGAAGUCCAUGUCUGUGUAUUGCACUCCCAAUAAGGCUCGCUCCUCUAUCGGCAAGAUGUUUGUAAAGGGUGCCCCCGAGGGAGUGAUUGACAGGUGCACACACAUCCGUGUAGGCAGUAACAAGGUGCCCUUGACGGCCGGCAUCAAAGAAAAGCUCAUGUCUGUGAUCAGGGAAUAUGGAACCGGUAGGGACACACUGCGCUGCCUCGCUCUGGCCACCAGAGACAGCCUCAUGAACAAAGACGACAUGGUGUUGGAGGACUCCAGCCGCUUUGUUGAGUAUGAGACUGAUCUGACAUUUGUCGGCUGUGUCGGCAUGCUGGAUCCUCCCAGAGCAGAGGUAGCAGCCUCUAUCAGACUCUGCCGACUUGCAGGCAUCCGAGUUAUUAUGAUCACUGGAGACAACAAGGGGACGGCCGUGGCUAUCUGCAGACGGAUUGGAAUCUUUGGAGAGGAGGACGAUGUUUCCAGCAUGGCAUACACUGGCCGAGAGUUCGAUGAUCUGUCACCUGCUGCUCAGAGAGACGCUGUGGUCAAAGCUCGCUGCUUUGCACGUGUGGAGCCUUCACACAAAUCUAAGAUUGUGGAGUUCCUGCAGUCCUAUGAUGAGAUCACAGCUAUGACUGGUGAUGGAGUGAACGACGCCCCCGCUCUGAAGAAAGCUGAAAUCGGUAUCGCCAUGGGCUCCGGCACAGCUGUGGCCAAAACUGCCUCUGAGAUGGUGCUCGCUGAUGACAACUUUUCCACCAUCGUAGCUGCCGUCGAGGAAGGCCGAGCCAUUUACAACAACAUGAAACAGUUCAUCAGAUACCUCAUCUCAUCAAAUGUGGGCGAAGUCGUCUGCAUCUUCUUGACUGCCGCUCUGGGAUUCCCUGAAGCCCUCAUCCCCGUUCAGCUGCUCUGGGUCAACCUGGUGACAGACGGUCUGCCCGCCACUGCUUUAGGCUUCAACCCACCAGACCUGGACAUCAUGAGCAAGCCACCUCGUAACGCCCGUGAGCCCCUCAUCUCAGGAUGGCUCUUCUUCAGAUACCUGGCCAUCGGAUGUUAUGUGGGUGCUGGCACUGUCGGUGCUGCUGCCUGGUGGUUUGUUGCAGCCGAGGAUGGUCCAAGGAUCACCUUCUACCAGCUGAGCCACUUCCUGCAGUGUGGUCCAGAGAAUCCAGACUUCCAGGAUCUAGACUGCAAGGUCUUCGAGUCCCCUUACCCCAUGACCAUGGCUCUGUCUGUGCUAGUCACCAUUGAGAUGUGCAAUGCCCUGAACAGCGUGUCAGAGAACCAGUCCCUGCUGAGGAUGCCUCCCUGGGAGAAUGUUUGGCUGCUGGGCGCCAUCUGCCUCUCCAUGUCCCUCCACUUCCUCAUCCUCUAUGUGGAGCCUCUGCCUAUCAUCUUCCAGAUCACCCCUCUAAACCUGACGCAGUGGCUGAUGGUGCUAAAGAUCUCCCUGCCUGUCAUUCUACUGGACGAGUUCCUCAAGUUCGCUGCCAGGAACUACCUGGAGCCGGGUAAAGAGCUGGAGAAGCCCGACGGCUCCAAAGGCUGCCGCCUGUCUGCAUGCAUGGAGGGCAUCUCCUGGCCCUUCGUGGCCGUCUCCCUCCCUCUGGUCCUCUGGAUCUACAGCACCGACACUAACAUGGCCGACAUGUUCUGGUCCUGACUGACUUGAGCACAACCUCAACUUUUUCCAUUCCUCCCCCCCCACCCCCUCCCAUCCCCACUCAUCCACCACUUUCACUUCCCUCCUCCCUCCCCCUCCUCCCUUUCUCCACCUUCCUACAUGUGCAUAGCUAGCGUGUGUGCGCGUUUGUAGAGUUAGUGUGUAGUUGUGGGUGCGUACCAUGUGUGUAUGAGAAGGACCAACUUUAAUACAUAAGACAUAACAAAUAAUAUAAAAAGUUAACAUUUAGAAGUCAGCUGGUUUGAGUUGGGAUAGGAUUUAAGAAUGAGGCUUGAAAAGAGAGUGUUAGAAGACCGUCACUCCUGUAGCUGUGGACUUAUUUUGCUGGUUUAAAGAAUGACUCUGUCGACAGACUUUUAUUUCUUCUUCACGUCAGCACUGCCUUUAAGGUUUCUAUUUUUAAUGAUUCUGAGGAUAUCACUCGUCUCAUGUCACUACAGUAACAACACCAACUUGUUCUGUUUAGCUCCCCCUCUUCAUGAACAGAAAAUUUAGAUACCUUUCCAUGAAUUGUUCUGUACAGCGAUUGAAUUUCAUGCAAUUUUUUUAUGGCUUUGUACAUUUUUUGACCAGCGUGGCUUAAACAUUCAGCCUUGAUUUAUUUUCUAAUGUUUACCAUUGUGUCUUCAGUAUAUACACUCAGAACUCUUACAGAGGGGACAGGCUCCGUGUGGAGGACGAGGACGGGGGAAAGGUUUGGCAGUGACUGAUUGAAUGCUCUUAAACUUAGAAAGGAAAAAGAAAAAAAAAAGUCCUGCAAAACGAAACAAAAAGCCGCAUGUCCUGUGACCAAGCAUGAAUUCUAUGUGGUUUCUCAUUUUAAUUUAAUUGUGUUUGUCCCUUCCAACCCCAUGUUUGAGUAUAAAUUAACUUCAUGGAUGUUUUUUUUACCAAAAUGAUUUGAGAAGAAGCCAGUUUUUCUGCACUGGGCAGAGCACAGCUACCUCAAUAUGAUAAAAGAUUUUUUGUUGUUUUUGCUCAUCUCUAGAUGCUUUUCCUAAACGGUCUUGCUAAAGCGCAACAUCUGAGGUGUGCCCCUAUUUGCUUGUGCAGAAAACAAAGAACGAAAUUUGCCUCCCCUCUAACAUUUUAAGGAUAUACUUUGUUUGUAUUGAUUUUUGACAUUCUUAACUUUAUUUUGUGUUUUGCUUUGGAGACUGAGUGGGAAUGACUUUUGUUAAUUACGUCUCCGUGGCGUUUGAUUCAAAGGAUGGUAAUAUUAAAGAUUAAAGAAGUAAGAAAAUACUAAUUAAGAACGUAUUCCAAUGAACUUGGAUUGCAAAUCCCAAAAUGUUGUUUUUUUACUCCAAGAAAAAAAAAAUACACUCAUAAACCCUUUGAAUCAAA